GCCUCACGCCCUUGCCCUCCCUCUCCGUCCCCCGUCCCUCGCCCCCCGUCCCUCUUCACCGCCCUCCCGCUACUCCACUCUCCUCCUCUACCCUUUGACCCGUCCCCCUUCCGUCCUCCACCCUCCUCCGGCCAUGUCUUCCAAGUCCCCCGUCAACCCCGACUCUGCCGGCUCCCGUUCUCCAUCCCCCGCCCCAGGAAAUGACACUCUCACACUUCGCGCACUCGUCAGCACAAAAGAAGCAGGCGUCAUCAUCGGCAAGGCAGGCAAAAAUGUCGCCGAUCUCAGGGACCAGACCGGUGUCAAAGCAGGCGUCUCCAAGGUCAUCCCCGGCGUUCAUGAACGUGUCCUCACUGUUGGUGGCUCCGUUGAGGCCGUCGCAAAGGCAUACACCCUCAUCAUCGCCCAGCUCGUGGAAUCUAACCCAACAUCGGUAUCGAUGUCCUCACCUUCCCCUCACACCUCUAUACGACUUUUAAUCUCGCAUAAUCUCAUGGGUACCAUCAUCGGCCGUAAUGGAUUGAAGAUCAAGGCCAUACAAGACGUUACCGGCGUGCGCAUGGUAGCGGCUAAGGAUAUGCUUCCUCAGUCAACUGAACGAAUAGUAGAGGUUCAGGGCGCACCAGAAUCGAUCGGCCGAGCGAUCGAAGAAAUUGGCAAAUGUUUGCUGGAGGACUGGGAACGGGGCUUGGGCACCGUUCUGUAUCAUCCGGGAACUGUCGACGACAGAUCGGGCUCUAAGCGUACCAACGGAUACGCUGGGGGCCGUAGAUCGAACGGUGACACCGCCCGCGAGCAACUGUCCCCCUCAUCACCCCAGUCGCCAACCUCAUCGCCUCAAACAAACCUUCGCACCCAGAACAUCUCUAUCCCUUCCGACAUGGUCGGGUGUAUCAUUGGCCGUAGCGGGACCAAGAUCACAGAGAUUCGCCGCCUUUCUGGAUCGAAGAUCUCCAUAGCCAAGGUUCCGCACGAUGAAACAGGCGAGCGGAUGUUUACCAUCAUUGGUACACCUGAGGCAAACGAGAAGGCUCUGUUCCUCCUUUAUAACCAGCUGGAAAGCGAGAAAGAAAGGAGGGUUGGCAGGGAGCAGCAGCAGCAACUGCAAGAGCAGGUGUAAAUCCUGCAGACCGGUUUUGCCCACGGGGCAUUUUGGUCACAUCUCAAAAGCAACCUAUGAGCAUCAAAGCCACACUCCCCUUCCUUUGCCCUAUCACCUAACUUUCUCCCGCUGCUUGCCUUUCCCUCAUAUAUGCGCGUUGGUGCAUUCUUUUACCGGACUGCGUCCUACAAUUCCUCGUCUCCUUUCCCUGUUGCUGCAGUACACUGACUCGUAGUUGGUUGAUUACCGACUUCUAGCCCUGCUUUCCUCUGCCUUGUGCUUUGAAGCCAUGCCUUUCUCGUGCACGAACCGCCUCACCUCACAUCCGCUCCUCCUGCCUUGUCCUUCGUCUGCUGUCGUUUUGUGUUUGACAUAAGCUUACAAAGGUUGCUCUAUUCUGGCUGAUACGUCUAUACUAUUUUUUUUGCAUUCGUACCAUAUUGACAUCAUGAUGCUCUCUGCACGCGUACGAGCUUACUACGAUUCGGUGUGAUGACUAUAGAUGGUGCUCCUGUGAUAUUAGAAGGUUUUUAUAAAGGGCCAGCAUUGUGUGAUGGGAAAUUUAGC